GCAGUCCCAAACCCUGUCCUCGGCGGCGUGACGACACUCCAGUUCGCGUCCGUCGUGGUUUGGGGUGUGCGCAUGCUCGCGUACAACCGCUUCACGCCGCGGGACUGCUUCGUGCUCACCGCGGCACUCUUGUUUGGGCCCGGGACAUCCUCGUGCCCGACU